AUGGGCUGCUGCGAAUCGUCCUUUCUGACAGGACGCGACUCACUGCACAAGACCAAUCCCAACCACCACCACCAUCACAAGAGCAACAACAACCGUCUCACUCAGACCAAUAAUGGCCCUUCCCAAACUUCCAAGGGAACGGAUUCCGUUGGCGGUGGGGCCGGGGGCGUCCCUGAUUUCUCGGAGUUCUCCCUGGCUGAGCUUAAGGCUGCCACCAACAACUUCAGCUCCGAUUUCAUCGUAUCUGAAAGCGGUGAAAAGGCCCCCAAUGUGGUCUACAAAGGUCGACUCCAAAACGACAAUAAUCGCCGAUGGAUCGCCAUCAAGAAAUUCACCAAAUUAGCCUGGCCCGAUCCAAAACAAUUCGCGGAUGAAGCUUGGGGUGUUGGAAAGCUGAGACAUAAGAGAGUGGCGAAUUUGAUUGGGUAUUGCUGCGAUGGAGACGAGAGAUUGCUUGUGGCCGAGUACAUGAAUAAUGAUACCCUUGCAAAGCAUUUAUUUCACUGGGAGAAUCAGACUAUUGAGUGGGCUAUGCGGUUGAGAGUUGCUUUAUAUUUAGCUGAAGCAUUAGAUUAUUGUAGUAGUGAAGGUCGUCCAUUGUACCAUGAUUUGAAUGCAUAUAGGGUUCUCUUUGAUGAGAAUGGUGAUCCUCGACUUUCAUGUUUUGGCUUGAUGAAGAACAGUAGAGAUGGGAAAAGUUAUAGUACCAAUCUUGCAUAUACACCUCCUGAGUAUCUAAGAAAUGGAAGGGUUACUCCUGAAAGUGUUAUAUUCAGCUUUGGAACUGUCCUUUUGGAUCUUCUUAGUGGAAAGCACAUUCCUCCAAGUCAUGCUCUUGAUAUGAUACGGGGUAAAAACAUUCUUCUCUUGAUGGAUUCUCAUCUAGAGGGAAACUUUUCAACUGAAGAGGCGACAGUGGUCUUUGAUAUUGCCUCACGAUGUUUGCAAUAUGAACCAAGGGAGCGGCCAAAUACCAAAGAUCUUGUGACUACACUUGCCCCAUUUCAAAAUAAACCUGAUGUUCCGUCUUAUGUGAUGUUGGGAAUUCCCAAGCAUGAGGAGGGGCCUCCUACUCCUCAGCACCCUCUGUCUCCAAUGUUUGAUGCCUGUUCCCGGAUGGAUCUCACAGCUAUCCAUCAAAUUUUGGUAAUGACACAUUACAAAGAUGAUGAAGGAACAAAUGAGCUAUCCUUUCAAGAGUGGACUCAACAAAUGAGAGAUAUGUUGGAGGCAAGAAAGCGUGGAGACAUAGCAUUUCGUGAUAAAGAUUUUAGAACUGCUAUAGAUUGUUAUUCUCAGUUCAUAGAUGUUGGAACCAUGGUUUCUCCAACUGUUUAUGCACGAAGAAGUCUUUGUCAUCUUCUCUGUGAUCAACCAGAUGCUGCCCUUCGAGAUGCAAUGCAAGCACAAUGUGUCUACCCUGACUGGUCCACAGCAUUUUACAUGCAGGCUGUUGCCCUGGCCAAGCUAGACAUGCACAAGGAUGCAGCUGACAUGUUGAAUGAAGCUGCUGCACUAGAAGAAAAAAGGCAACGGGGUGGGAAAGGAUCUUGAGAAGUUCCAAGUCUGGGCUCUGUAAUAUUCUUUUGUAAGGAAUGUAGCCGAGAAAAACUCCAAAAACAAGAAAACUAAGGUGCAAAUCAACGUCUCACUGAAGUCUCUAAGCUAAUGGAGCAUACAGAGUUUUCCAUGCAUGAAAAAUAGCUUCACAAAGUGUGAAAAUGAUAGUACAGCAGCGCCUGGCGAUAGCAUCAUGCUGUAAAAAUCAUUUACUUAAACCAGCCUGAAGAAAGGAGCAUAAGCUUGUUGUAAUGCCAAGGGGGAAAAGAGAACUUCUCUUGUUAGAAUCAUUCACUGAUUUUAGGGUCGUUCUUGUUAAUAUAGGGGGAUCUGUGUCAUAAGAAAAUGUCAUUUUCUUCUAUUUCUUAUUAUCACAUCACUAAAUUUAAUAAUAAAUAAAAAUGCCACUGUUCCAAUUU